GCUCCCGGGGCUUCUGGGGACGGGUCAGGGGGCAGAUUCUCGGCCCCAGCAGCCCGGGUGCCAUCACCCUUCCCGCGGAGGCAGCAGCCCGGCACCCACCUCCCCUCCCUGGCAGCUGCAGACCCCUGAGCUCCACGCCCCCGCCCCCCGCCCCCCACCCCCGGGCCAGAACCCCGCACGAUCGCCUCCCUCCGGAUUUCCGCUGGGAUGAACGAAUGGGCUGCAGGACCCGCACAGAUGCCGACGGCGCGCUGCGAAAAAAUCGUGUGCUCUGGAAGAAAGUUGGUGUCCUCCAGGGCCUGCGGUUGGCGGCGCAGCCCCUGCGCCCGGGGACGGCGGCGGCUGCGGCGUGCGGGGCCCGGAGCGGGGACCGGGGCGCGUCCAGGUGCGGCGGGCGCCGGGCCUGCGGUCCUCGCCCCCGCCUCCCGCCCCCCGCCCCAGGAAUGAUCUCGAGCGUUGCCAGGUUGAUUCCAGAGCCCCCACUCGGUGGACGGAGCACACCUCUCGGCGGCAGCGUUGCGAGGACCUAGCUGGGACCUGGAAUCCUAUCCUCCUGUAUUUUUUCAGACUCCUUGGAAAUUAAGGAAUGCAAUUCCGCCACCAUGAUGGAAGGAUUGAAAAAACGUACAAGGAAGGCCUUUGGAAUACGGAAGAAAGAAAAGGACACUGAUUCGACAGGUUCACCAGAUAGAGAUGGAAUUCAGCCCAGCCCACAUGAACCACCCUACAAUAACAAAGCAGAGUGUGCUCGUGAAGGAGGAAAAAAAGUUUCGAAGAAAAGCAAUGGGGCACCAAAUGGAUUUUAUGCGGAAAUUGAUUGGGAAAGAUACAACUCCCCUGAGCUGGAUGAAGAAGGCUACAGCAUCAGACCUGAGGAACCCGGCUCUACCAAAGGAAAGCACUUUUAUUCUUCAAGCGAAUCGGAAGAGGAAGAAGAAUCACACAAGAAAUUUAACAUCAAGAUUAAGCCAUUGCAAUCUAAAGACAUUCUUAAGAAUGCUGCAACCGUAGACGAGCUGAAGGCAUCCAUAGGCAACAUUGCACUUUCCCCAUCACCGGUGGGUGCAAUUAAAAGGAACUUAUCCAGUGAGGAAGUGGUGAGACCCAGGCGUUCCACACCAACUCCAGAACUUAUAAGCAAAAAGCCUACAGAUGACACUAUGGCCCUGGCUCCCCUCUUUGGCCCACCAUUAGAAUCAGCUUUUGAUGAACAGAAGACAGAAGUUCUUUUAGAUCAGCCUGAGAUAUGGGGUUCAGGCCAACCAAUUAAUCCAAGCAUCGAGUCGCCAAAGUUAACAAGGCCUUUUCCCACUGGAACACCUCCACCACUGCCUCCCAAAAAUGUACCAGCCACCCCACCCCGAACAGGCUCCCCACUAACAGUUGCACCAGGAAGUGACCAGUCAGCCACAGAGGUCAAAAUUGAAAAGCUACCAUCCAUCAAUGACUUGGACAGCAUUUUUGGUCCAGUGUCAUCCCCCAAGUCUGUUGCUGCUAAUGCUGAAGAAAAGUGGGUCCAUUUUUCUGAUACAUCCCCGGAACAUGUUACGCCAGAGUUGACUCCAAGGGAAAAGGUGGUGUCCCCACCAGCUGCAUCAGACAACCCAUCUGACUCCCCACCUCCGGGCCCCCCAGGGCCCCCAGGACCCCCUGGCCCUCAGCGCAAUGUACCAUCGCCGCUCAAUUUAGAAGAAGUCCAGAAGAAAAUCGCUGAGCAGACCUUCAUUAAAGAUGAUUACUUAGAAACAAUCUCAUCUCCCAAAGAUUUUGGGUUGGGACAGAGAGCAACCCCACCUCCCCCACCACCACCCACCUACAGGACUGUGGUUUCAUCCCCUGGACCUGGCUCGGGCAGUGGUACCGGGACCACCAGUGGUGCAUCAUCCCCUGCUCGACCAGCCACUCCCUUGGUUCCCUGCAGCAGCACCACCCCUCCACCACCUCCUCCCCGGCCUCCAUCUCGGCCAAAGCUACCUCCGGGAAAACCUGGAGUUGGAGAUGUGCCCAGACCUUUUAGCCCUCCCAUACACUCUUCCAGCCCUCCUCCAAUAGCACCCCUUGCACGAGCUGAGAGUACUUCUUCAAUAUCGUCCACCAAUUCCUUGAGUGCAGCCACCACUCCCACAGUUGAGAAUGAACAGCCUUCCCUCGUUUGGUUUGACAGAGGAAAGUUUUAUUUGACUUUUGAAGGUUCUUCCAGGGGCCCCAGCCCCCUAACCAUGGGAGCCCAGGACACCCUCCCUGUUGCAGCAGCAUUUACAGAAACGGUCAAUGCCUACUUCAAAGGAGCAGAUCCAAGCAAAUGUAUCGUGAAGAUUACUGGAGAAAUGGUGCUGUCCUUCCCUGCCGGCAUCACCAGACAUUUUGCCAACAACCCGUCACCUGCUGCUCUGACUUUUCGGGUGAUAAAUUUCAGCAGGUUAGAACAUGUCCUGCCAAAUCCCCAACUUCUCUGCUGUGAUAAUACUCAAAAUGAUGCCAAUACCAAGGAAUUCUGGGUAAAUAUGCCAAAUUUGAUGAUGCACCUAAAGAAAGUGUCAGAACAAAAACCCCAGGCUACAUAUUAUAAUGUGGACAUGCUCAAAUAUCAGGUGUCUGCCCAGGGCCUUCAAUCCACACCUCUGAACCUGGCAGUGAACUGGCGGUGUGAGCCAGCAAGCACUGACCUGCGCAUCGAUUACAAAUACAACACCGAUGCAAUGACAACUGCUGUGGCCCUCAACAAUGUGCAGUUCCUGGUCCCCAUAGAUGGAGGAGUAACCAAGCUCCAGGCUGUGCUCCCACCAGCAGUCUGGAAUGCUGAACAACAAAGAAUAUUGUGGAAGAUUCCUGAUAUUUCUCAGAAGUCAGAAAACGGAGGGGUGGGUUCUUUAUUGGCGAGAUUUCAGCUAUCCGAAGGCCCAAGCAAACCUUCCCCAUUGGUUGUGCAGUUCACAAGUGAAGGAAGCACCCUUUCUGGUUGUGAUAUUGAACUUGUUGGAGCAGGGUAUCGGUUUUCACUCAUUAAGAAAAGGUUUGCUGCAGGAAAAUAUUUGGCAGAUAACUAAUAAAAUCUUAUGCAAGGAUUUGGAUGAUUCAUAUAAUGGAGAACUGUUGUAUGAGAAACAGGUUUUAAUUUUGGUUUGAUGGAAACAAACCAAAAUCUGCACUUGGGAUAUAUCUGCUGGAAAUGUCCGUGACUUUCAGCAAUGAUUUCCCUCACACAAUACCAUGAUGACCAGUCUUGCAGUAUUUACUUCUAGGUGUAAUAUUGUUAAUGGUUUUAAAAUGUAAUUAUUGUAUUUGUAAAUUGUACUCAUUCCAGUAAGGCGAUUAGACACCUGAGUUUUAGCAUUUUACCAUUCCUGAAAUGGAUGUAAUUUAAACUGUGGUAUGUAAAUUUAAUAGUAGUACUGUUGAAUGGCACAAUGCUUACAGAGGUAGAUUGCAUUUUGUCAAUAUAUAAAAUUUAAAUAUAAUAUUGAUAGCUGUCAUAAAGGGGGUGCCACAUACAAAGAAAAUUAAGUGGAACCAGAGGGAAAAAAAACCUUCAUUUUCUUCAAUCCUUAGUAUGUUUUACUCUAGUGCUAAAUAAAAAUUCUAUCUUCAAAUAUUUAGUGGGUUAAAUUCAGAAACUAUUUCAGAAAAAAAAUUCUAAAGUUACAGCAUAUUCAAGAAGAGCAUUAAUUACCACUUUUUAAAAAGCUUUUUUUUCAAACUGCAAAUUUCAUAAAAAUGCAAACUGUGUAAACAGGGCCUCUUAUUUUUAUAACUUGUGUAAAAAGGGAAAGCAAUUCAUAUUUAAAGUUUAAGUAGAUGAAAUUAUAAUCAAGAGUAAAGAAGAUGUUGAAGUCUUAACUACUUCCCCCUCUCUCUACAGUUUAGCAAAUGUGGAGAUUGCUGAAUAAUAUCAGACUAAAGCCAAAAUUGUGACUUUAAAAUUUCAAGACUUUCCGUAGUUGGACUGGUUAACAACUUUUGCUUAAUUAGUCUGAACAGAGUCUCUCCCGUAUAGCAUGGAGAAUGGUACCAUGUAUCUUUCUCUUUACCUGCAGGAAUCAGACCAUUAAGGCUAAAACUCGAAAAAAAAAAAAAAUUAGUUCCUCCCACCCCGUUUAAGUCCAGAAGGCAAAUUUUAAUCAUUAUCAUUUAUAUCAUUGGGGAAGGAGAAAAAAAAAGAGCUUUAUAAAUGAAAUUCAAUCCACAUUAUUGUGCAAUAAAUUUCAUUUUGGAUAAGAUUCAUCAUAUGUGACUAUAAAUUUUUGCCAUUCUCGGGGAAUCAAGAGAGUUAUCAAAAAUUAAUGUCAUGAUUUCAUCGUUGAAAGGUACGAUUAAAACUGUAAUUACUCAGUCUGGCCUCACAAUGUGAGGAGGAUUCAGAAUGGAGAAGCACUUCUUCAGGAUUAGUCCCAGUUGUCAAACCUUCCUCCUCCACUAUCUGCAAACAUGAAAUAUCCUUUAAGUCAUAGAACUUAUUUUAAACAUGAACCAAUUCUUAUCCUAAGUUAUACUAUCACAUACCUGGAAUUAGUAAGCCGUUGUAUUUAUCAUUAGUUGCUAAAUUUUUUUACGUUCACUGAUACUUGACAAAGAAUCAUUAGUCUCUUUAGAUUUUAGAAUCAAAUUAAAUUUUGUAAGUCUUACUUUUAAAAUGAGAUUGUGAUUGGCAAUUGUUUAUAGUGGAACUUUUUAAAUUACCAUUUGUACUGCUGCGUCAGUGCUUGCUACAAAGAAAAUGUUCAAAAUGAUCUGUUUUACCUCAGAAGAAUUUCUAUUAUUCAAAUACUCUCAGUUGGCUCCCCAGACAGUCUGGAGUUGAAGUUUUUUUGGACAAAUUAUUAAUGUACUCAUUUUAAGUAAAGAUAUUCAAUUUUAUUUUGAAACCAAAAUAGAAAAUGCAAACUUUUAAUCCUGCAAAACAUCAAACACUGAAACCAAUGGAGAGUAAGGAGCAGAAAAUUGAGAAUUAUACAGCAUAUGAAUUUAAAGAUGCAUUUUUAAGUAAUCAAUUCAUAAGGAAAACGUAUUGAAUAUUAACACAAAGCAUAUUAAAAAUGUGUAAAUAUUACUGGUUCUUAUGUCUUGCUCUUUAUAUUUUAUUUUAUUUUAUAUAGUUCUAGAGUGACUUAGUAAUUAAACACAAGGGUUUUUUUCAAGGAUUAAUUUUGUUGAUAUUGUAAAAAUAUAAUUUAAAACAUAGAUUACAAAAAUCUUUAAUGUUAUUCAAACGUUUCCAGGAACUAAAUUUGAAACUAUAAAGAUCUCUUGUGAUCCCUUAAUUGGUCUUUGUGAAACAGAAUGGAGGUUAUUGGCUUGAUAAUUAUUAAGCUUUCAAUAACCAGAAUCUCGAUAGAGAAGAUAUCCCUUCUCCUUUCAGAAAAAUAGGUCAAAUAAUAACACAAUAAACUCAUAUCAGGGCUUUAGAUUUUGGUAGUGGUUUUUUUUCUAAUUUUAUAGUUUACAAUCUCCUGUUAAACCUGUAUCCACUGUACUGUACAAUAAGAAUUCAUAUUAGGAAAAAAGAUCCUAGACAAUGCAAGAAUCUCUGCUAUAAAAACUAACAAACAAACAUUAAGUCAGGUCCAUUGUCAAUUCCUAAAACAGAAGAAAAUAGGCAAGUACAUAUUAAUAUUUUCAAUACUAGGGGUUAAAAUAAAAAGAAAGAGUUCUCAUUAACCAGAACACUAUUCCUUGAGAUUUAUGAUUUUAAAAGUUUCUGUUUUAACAAGAUAGAAAGUAUAAAUGAUAUUGUUUUAUUUUGACAACAUGGAAAGUAUGUUUUUUUCUAAAUAAAUUUCAUAUUUUCUUG